GCUUACGCGGAAUGACCCUCGUACUGAUUGGUCGAAUUCGCUGCCAACAGUCACAUCAGCUGAUUUAUAGUCUGUGAUUUAUUUUUACUUCAGACACAAAUACACGGAGUGCAGCUCACGCUCAGAAAUACAUCCUUGAUUAGAGUUAAAAACAAGAACAGCAGGUUGUUGAGGUCGCCAUGGCACCGUCAAAGUAUGACAAGAAGCCGGAACCUGGAGACCUCAUUGAAAUUUUCCGAGGCACAUAUCAGCACUGGGCUAUAUAUGUUGGCGAAGGUUAUGUGAUUCACCUGGCACCACCCUCUGAGCAUGCUCAAGCUGGGGCCUACAGUAUGAUGUCAGUACUAUGCGACAAAGCCACAGUGAAGAAAGAAGAACUUUAUAAAGUAGUUGGCAAUGAUGAAUACCGUACCAACAACCUUCUGGAUGACAAAUAUGAGCCACGUCCCAUUCAAGACAUUCUCCGGGACGCACACAGUUUUUUGGGUCAAGAACGUCCAUAUUGUGUCUUUAGUGAGAACUGUGAGCACUUUGUUACGGUGUUGAGAUACGGAAAGCCACAUUCACGCCAGGUGCGAAAAGCGGUGGAGUUUGGUGUUGGAGUUGGUCUUGCUGCAGCGGUUACCUUUGGAGUUCUUGCUGCUGCUGCAACCAUUUUUGGUUCAAAAGACAAAGAGAAGCAGACAAAGUAAGGACUGAGACAUGCAGAAGUGAAAAGUACACUUGUGGAGGCCUUUCAUAUUUAAAGUCAAUGUAAUUUAAAGUCAUGUAAUAGCUUGGUAGGCUUAGUUUUGGGAGUACACUGGAAAUGUUAACAAACAUUUUAAUAUGUACAAACAAGACAUUCUCAGCAACCAAACAAAAUUCUAUCUGUUCCAUUUGAUAACAAAAGUGUAUUUUGCUACUGACAAAUCUCAAAUACCUGAAGGAUUUUUAAAAUAAUUUUGAUUCUUUUUCUACUGGUUUCUUAAUGACAUUUCAAGCACUUUAUCUGUAUAUUCAAAAUAGUAAGCUAACAAUUUGACCAAAUUUAUCUUAAAACAAACUGCCAUAUUUAUGUUUUUGUGCCAUUAAAUAUUUGAAAUCAUA